GCCCACCCGCCCGCUAAAUGGCAAACCCACCACGGCCACCCCAGCGCCACCGCUUUCUUCCCGAUGCCGUCGUCGACGAUCCGAAGCAUCUCCAUCACCGUCUCCGACGAAGACGGUGCGGCGGCGGCGCCGACGCGGAGACCCCGAGCCGGCAGGCGGAAGGCCGCGGCGCGCGGCUUGGGGCAGCGGGCAGCGCGGCUGCUUGCGCGGUGGUGGCCCGUCCUCCUGCUGCUCCCGGCCGUCGCGCUGCUCCUCUUCGAGGCCUCGCGGCUGCGCGGCUCGCCCCCGGCCCCCGCCGCGCACGCCUCCAGCCUCGGACGGCUCGAACCGACCACGCGCCUCGUCCGUGGCGUGCGCGAGCCUUGCUUGAAGCUCCUUAGUCCCAAAAGUUUGGCAAAUUUGGUCUUUCCCGAAGGCACAAAACAUGACUUCGUGGUUAAGAGGACCAAAUACAAAUCUGAUGAUGAUGACUACGACACAUUCCACUCUGAGGCGAACUCUACUUAUUUACUACAGCAUGCGGAAGCGACAAGGUUUAAUUUGUUUACAGGAUUUCAGACACUUGCUGAAAGAGAAGAUAGCUUCAAGGUGAAUGAGACUGUUAAUGUGCAUUGUGGUUUCUACAGCGACAAUGGUGGCUUCAAAAUUUCUGAAGAGGAUAAAAGAUACAUGAGAACCUGUAAAGUUGUUGUGUCUACCUGCGCAUUUGGUGGUGGCGAUGAUCUAUAUCAACCUAUUGGAAUGGCCAAUUCUUCUUUUGACAGGGUUUGCUACGCAGCCUUUUGGGAUGAGGUGACACUAUCAACUCAGGAAGCUGAGGGAAAGGUAAUUGGUGACAAUGGCAUGAUAGGAAGGUGGCGUAUCAUUGUUGUCAAGAGCCUCCCUUUUGUGGAUCAACAAUUAAAUGGGAAGAUCCCAAAGAUGUUGACUCAUCGCCUUUUCCCGGAGGCAAGGUACUCUAUAUGGGUGGACUCAAAAUACCAAUUUCGAAGGGAUCCGAUAGCAGUGCUUGAAGCUCUUCUUUGGAGGACAAAUUCUACCUUUGCUAUCUCUGAACAUGGAGCGCGGAGUAACAUUUAUGAUGAGGGGAAAGCUAUUGUUCAAAAGCACAAGGCUACUCCUGAAGAAGUAGAGGUGCAAUUGACCCAAUAUCGGCAAGAUGGUAUGCUGGGCGUAAAAAGAUUAUAUGGAUUGAAAGCUCUAGCUGAAGCCUCUAUUAUUGUGAGGGAGCUCACACCUGCACCUAACCAUUUCAUGUGUGCUUGGUUCAAUGAAGUGGUUCGCUUCACAUCUCGGGAUCAGCUCAGUUUCCCAUAUGUUCUGUGGAGAAUAAACAUGCCUGGAAUGAGCAUGUUUCCUGUAUGCUCUCGCAGGGACCUUGUGAACAGUUUGGGUCACACAAGGAAAGUAAAACCUCUUACACAGACUAAUCCAGAGUCUUCUGCCUCUUGAUCGUUUCGCCCAACUCGUUCGCUUAUAGUCAACUAACCAUUGAUUCAUACCGGUUCUAAUUGCCGACAUCUCUUGGUUCACAAUUUUGUUGUAUAUUAUUAUAGUACCUUUCCAUUCUUCCUCUAAUGGAAUCAUGGAUUUGCUUGUACACGGACAUGAACCUGAAAUACCAUCACACAAUCUUACCUGUAAAUAUCGUUCCAUUUGGUAUUGGAAAGAAUGAACAGUUACUGUAACAUGUUAAGAUAAUCUCCCUUGUCUUUUGUGCUCU